AUGUCGAGUGAAGCUCCCACUGGCACAGCUGAUAUUCAGCUCUACUCCCUUGCCACCCCCAAUGGACAAAAAAUCAGCAUUGCGCUGGAGGAGAUGGGUCUGCCCUAUGAUGCCCACACCAUAGACAUCCGCAAGAACGUGCAAUUCGAACCCUGGUUCGUGGCGAUCAACCCCAACUCCAAGAUUCCGGCCAUCGUGGACAGGACCGGCGGCACCGGCGGCAAGCCGCUGCCCGUGUUCGAGUCAGGCGCCAUUCUGCUGUACCUGGCCAACAAGAGCGGCAAGUUCCUCCCGGCCGACCCGACCAAGCACGCCGAGACGCUCGAGUGGCUCUUCUGGCAGGUGGGCGGCUUCGGCCCCAUGCUCGGCCAAAUGGGCCACUUCCACAAGUACGCCAAGGAGGACGUGCCCUACGCCAAGGAGCGCUACUUCAAGGAGUCGCAGCGCCUGUUCGGGGUGCUGGAGAAGCGGCUCGAGGGCCGACAGUUCGUCGUCGGCGACGACUACACCAUCGCCGACAUGGCCAUCUACCCGUGGGCGUUGGGCGUGGAUCGGUUCUACAACCUGAAGAAGGAGCUGGGCGACUUCCCCAACAUCGAUCGGUGGAUCGCCGCCAUCAGCGAACGUCCCGCUGUCCAGAAGGGCAUGGGCGUGUGCCCCUUUGCCUGA